GCUUUUUCCGUUUAUUAUGGUCUUGCUGGUGGUGGCGCUCGCUCUUCCUUGAAAUAAUAAUCCGUUAUCGUCUUUAUCCCUUACAUUCUUUCUUAAAGAAUAGACCUUGAAUUCCUUUCAUCUUUUUUCAUCCCUUCUUCUUUUAAUUUCCCUUAGAGCACCCUUUAGAUCCUUGAUUCCUACCUCCGUCAAUUUCGAACAGACAGAUCAAUUGGAUUGGUUUUGGCUUCACGUACCGUUGCUGGAGAGAAUCCGCCAGUGUCCCACCACGACCACGGACACACAUACAACUUUUCUCCCUUUCUUCUAAUCCAUCGAUACCCGUUUUAUUUCUUCCAUCAUGCGUCCCGAGGUCGAGCAGGAGCUCUCCCACACGUUGCUGGUUGAGCUCUUGGCAUACCAGUUUGCAUCGCCAGUGAGAUGGAUUGAAACCCAGGAUGUCAUCCUUGCGGAAAAAAGAACAGAACGCAUUGUUGAGAUUGGUCCCGCUGAUACGUUGGGCAAUAUGGCAAGGCGGACACUAGCAUCCAAAUACGAUGCCUACGAUGCUGCCACUUCCGUCCAGCGCCAAAUUCUCUGCUACAACAAAGAUGCCAAGGAGAUCUACUACGACGUAGACCCGGUUGAGGAGGAUCCAGAGACACCGAGCCAACCAACAGCUAGCACUUCUGCUCCCCAAGAAUCAUCCCCUGCAGUUCCUGCGGCACCAGUUGCUGCACCGCCGCCGGGUGCCGGUCCGGCCGCUCCAGUCGAGGAUGCUCCAGUUACAGCAGUCGAUAUACUUCGGGCACUUGUUGCACAAAAACUUAAAAAGAGCCUCGCUGAUAUUCCGCUAAGUAAAGCUAUUAAGGAUCUCGUCGGAGGCAAAUCCACUCUACAAAAUGAAAUUCUCGGCGACCUAGGAAAGGAGUUCGGAUCCACUCCAGAGAAGCCCGAAGAUACCCCUCUAGACGAGCUGGGUGCCUCCAUGCAGGCCACCUUCAAUGGUCAGCUGGGCAAGCAGUCAUCUUCCCUCAUCGCUCGCUUAGUAUCCUCCAAAAUGCCGGGUGGGUUCAAUAUAACUGCUGUCCGGAAAUACUUGGAGACAAGAUGGGGAUUGGGAUCUGGCAGACAAGAUGGCGUUCUCUUGCUUGCCCUUACAAUGGAGCCAGCUUCCCGUCUAGGUGCCGAACCCGAUGCUAAGGCAUACCUGGACGACGUUGCAAACAAAUAUGCUGCGCAUGCUGGCAUCAGCCUCUCUACCCCCACAGCGGCAAACGAUGGCGGAGCGAACGGUGGGGCCAUGCUCAUGGAUCCUGCAGCAAUUGACGCGUUGACUAAAGAUCAACGAGCUCUGUUCAAGCAGCAACUGGAGAUCAUUGCCCGUUAUCUCAAGAUGGAUCUUCGUGCGGGCGACAAAGCCUUUGUUACCUCCCAAGAGACCCAGAAAACACUGCAAGCGCAGCUGGAUCUCUGGAGUGCUGAACAUGGAGAUGUGUACGCAUCUGGUAUUGAACCAGCUUUCGACCCCUUGAAAGCUCGUGUUUACGACUCCUCCUGGAAUUGGGCGCGUCAGGAUGCGCUGAGCAUGUACUACGAUAUCAUCUUCGGGCGACUCCGGGUUGUUGACCGCGAAAUUGUCAGCCAGUGUAUCCGGAUUAUGAACCGUUCGAACCCCUUGCUCCUGGACUUCAUGCAGUAUCACAUCGAUAACUGUCCGACUGAACGCGGCGAGACGUACCAGCUUGCCAAGGAACUCGGCCAGCAGCUCAUUGAGAACUGCAAAGAAGUUCUCGAGGUCUCACCGGUCUACAAGGAUGUGGCUAUCCCUACCGGACCCCAGACGACAAUCGAUGCUAGGGGUAACAUAGAGUACAAGGAAGUUCCCAGAGCUAGCGCUCGUAAGCUGGAACAUUACGUUAAGCAAAUGGCUGAAGGUGGCCCCAUUUCCGAAUACAGCAACAGGGCUAAAGUUCAGAACGAUCUCAGAAGCGUCUACAAGUUGAUCCGUAAACAGCACCGUCUGUCUAAAUCCUCAAAACUUCAGUUCAAUGCUCUCUACAAGGAUGUGAUCCGUGCUCUAAGCAUGAAUGAGAACCAGAUCAUGCCGCAGGAAAAUGGUCAUGCCAAGAGGCCUGGUCGGAAUGGCCUCAAACGCAAUGGCAGUCCUUACACUGGCAAGGUCGAGACUAUCCCUUUCUUGCAUCUGAAGAAAAAGGGUGAACAUAACUGGGAAUACAACAAGAAGCUCACGGGUAUCUAUCUUGACGUCUUGGAAUCUGCUGCCCAGGCAGGUCUCACUUUCCACGGAAAGAACGUUUUGAUGACUGGGGCUGGCGCCGGUUCUAUCGGCGCUGAGGUUCUACAGGGUCUGAUCAGCGGUGGCGCCAAGGUCGUUGUCACCACCAGCCGGUUCUCGCGCGAGGUUACCGAAUACUACCAAGCCAUGUACACUCGUUACGGCUCUCGUGGCUCACAGCUCGUGGUUGUUCCGUUCAAUCAGGGCAGUAAGCAAGACGUGGAGGCUCUUGUGAAGUACAUUUACGAUCCGAAGAAGGGUCUGGGUUGGGACCUGGACUCCGUUAUUCCUUUCGCUGCUAUCCCCGAGAAUGGUCGCGAGAUCGACUCUAUUGACUCUAAAUCGGAGCUUGCUCACAGGAUCAUGUUGACAAAUGUCCUGCGUCUUCUGGGGUGCAUCAAGGCUCAGAAGCAGGAGCGUGGAUUUGAAACUCGCCCAGCUCAGGUCAUUCUGCCGCUGUCCCCCAAUCAUGGCACAUUUGGUAAUGAUGGGCUAUACUCUGAGUCCAAGCUCGCCUUGGAAACUCUCUUCAACCGCUGGUACUCGGAGAGCUGGGGUAACUACCUCACUAUCUGCGGCGCUGUCAUUGGUUGGACCCGUGGAACAGGCUUAAUGAGCGGCAAUAACAUGGUUGCUGAAGGAGUUGAGAAACUUGGCGUCCGAACCUUCUCUCAACAAGAAAUGGCCUUCAACUUACUAGGUCUCAUGGCCCCAGCUAUCGCCAACCUCUGCCAACUUGACCCCGUGUGGGCCGAUCUGAAUGGUGGGCUUCAGUUUAUCCCAGAUCUGAAGGCAUUGAUGAGCAAGCUUCGCAAAGACAUCAUGGAGACGAGUGAUGUUCGUCAAGCCGUCAUGAAGGAGACGGCUAUCGAGAAUAAGAUUGUCAACGGAGAGGACAGCGCGGUACUCUACAAGAAGGUUAUUGCAGAACCUCGCGCAAACAUCAAGUUCCAAUUCCCCCAUCUACCCGACUGGGAGCAGGAUGUGCAGCCUCUCAAUGCAACCCUCAAAGGUAUGGUCAACUUGGAUAAGGUUGUGGUUGUCACUGGAUUUGCGGAAAUUGGCCCGUGGGGUAACUCUCGUACUCGGUGGGAGAUGGAAGCUUAUGGCAAGUUCUCUCUCGAGGGCUGUGUUGAGAUGGCCUGGAUUAUGGGCUUGAUCAAACAUCACAACGGCCCAUUGAAAGGAGCCUCUUAUUCUGGAUGGGUCGAUGCGAAGUCUGGGGACCCCGUUGAUGACAAGGAUGUCAAGGCAAAAUACGAGAAGUAUAUCCUAGAGCAUUCUGGAAUCCGACUCAUUGAGCCCGAGCUGUUCAAGGGAUACGAUCCAAAGAAGAAGCAACUGCUUCAGGAAGUCGUCAUUCAGGAGGACCUAGAACCCUUCGAAGCUUCCAAGGAAACUGCUGAAGAAUUCAAACGCGAACAUGGCGAUAAGGUCGAGAUUUUCGAGAUCCCCGAAUCGGGCGAGUUUACUGUCCGUCUCAGGAAGGGUGCUACCCUGCUUAUUCCCAAAGCAUUGCAAUUUGACCGUCUUGUCGCUGGCCAGAUCCCAACCGGCUGGGAUGCCCGAAAGUAUGGCAUCCCCGAAGACAUCAUUGAGCAAGUUGACCCUGUGACGCUAUUCGUCCUUGUCUGCACGGCCGAAUCCAUGCUUUCUGCUGGUAUCACUGAUCCGUACGAAUUCUAUAAAUAUGUUCACAUCUCUGAGGUUGGAAACUGCAUUGGAUCUGGUAUUGGAGGGACACAGGCUUUGAGAGGAAUGUAUAAGGAUCGUUACCUGGACAAGCCUCUUCAGAAGGACAUCCUGCAAGAAUCCUUUAUCAAUACGAUGAGCGCGUGGGUCAAUAUGCUGCUCCUUUCCUCCACCGGACCGAUCAAGACUCCUGUCGGUGCUUGUGCAACGGCAGUUGAGUCUGUCGACAUAGGUUAUGAGACAAUUGUGGAAGGGAAGGCUCGCGUCUGCUUUGUCGGUGGUUUUGAUGAUUUCCAGGAAGAAGGAUCGUAUGAAUUCGCCAACAUGAAGGCCACCAGCAAUGCCGAAGAUGAAUUUGCACACGGCCGUACCCCACGCGAAAUGUCGCGGCCGACCACAACUACGCGGUCUGGCUUCAUGGAAUCCCAGGGUUGCGGUAUGCAGCUGAUUAUGAGUGCUCAGCUUGCGCUGGAUAUGGGCGUUCCAAUCCAUGGUAUCAUUGCGCUAACGACCACGGCAACCGAUAAAAUCGGUCGCUCGGUUCCUGCUCCGGGUCAAGGUAUCCUCACAACUGCUCGCGAGAACCCCGGUAAGUUCCCGUCGCCACUUUUGGAUAUCAAGUAUCGCCGCCGCCAGUUGGAGCUGCGCAGAAAGCAGAUCAAGGAGUGGCAGGAAUCCGAGCUCCUGUACCUCCAGGAGGAGGUUGAGGCUAUGAAGUCCCAAGGUUCUGAAGCCUUCAACGAGUCUCAAUACUUGCAAGAACGGGUUCGCCAUAUAGAACAGGAGGCCAUUCGCCAGGAGAAAGACGCACAGUCCAGCCUAGGAAACAACUUCUGGCGGCAAGACUCUAGCAUUGCUCCUCUGCGUGGCGCUCUUGCCACUUGGGGUCUUACUGUCGAUGAUAUCGGCGUGGCAUCCUUCCACGGAACCUCUACCGUUGCGAAUGACAAAAAUGAAUCAGAUGUCAUCUGCCAGCAGAUGAAGCAUCUUGGCCGCAAGAAAGGAAAUGCUCUCUUGGGUAUUUUCCAGAAAUAUCUCACAGGACAUCCCAAGGGUGCUGCUGGUGCUUGGAUGUUCAAUGGAUGUUUACAGGUUCUGGACAGCGGCCUAGUUCCCGGCAACCGUAAUGCAGACAAUGUGGAUAAAGUUAUGGAAAAGUUCGACUAUAUCGUCUAUCCCAGCCGCAGCAUCCAGACAGACGGUGUCAAAGCGUUCUCGGUAACUUCAUUCGGUUUUGGUCAGAAGGGUGCUCAGGUUGUUGGCGUCCAUCCCAAGUACCUCUAUGCAACUUUGGACCAGGCCCAAUUCCAGGCUUACAAAGCUAAGGUUGAAGCGAGACAGAAGAAGGCGUACCGUUACUUCCAUAAUGGCCUCAUCAACAACAGUAUCUUCGUUGCGAAGACCAAGGCUCCUUAUGAAGAUAGCAUCCAGACCAAAGUUUUCCUCAACCCCGAUUACCGUGUGACAGAGGAUAAGAAGACUUCUGAGCUCAAGUUCCCUGCAGUUCCACCAAGCACAGAUCGGACGGAUACAGAGAACACUAGGAAGAUGGUUGAGUCUCUCGCAAAGGCAAAAGCUACUGAGGGCUCGAAGGUUGGGGUGGAUGUGGAAAGUCUGGAUGCUAUCAAUAUUGAAAACGAAACUUUCAUUGAGAGGAACUUUACGCCCACCGAGCAACAAUACUGUCUGAAGGCUCCAUCUCCCAAGGCCUCAUUUGCCGGCCGGUGGAGUGCUAAGGAGGCUGUAUUCAAGUCCCUCGGUAUUAGCAGCAAGGGUGCUGGUGCACCGUUGAAAGAUAUCGAGAUUGUGAGCGAUGAGAACGGGGCUCCCGCGGUUAAGUUUCACGGUGCGGCCGCUGAGGCCGCAAAACAGGCUGGCGUUAAAGAUGUGAGCGUCAGUAUUAGCCAUAAUGAUGCACAGGCUGUUGCGGUGGCUGUCUCCAAAUUUUGAUAGGUGCAUUCGUCAUGGGCUAUGAUUAUUAUACAUAGGUUACAGCAGGCUGGCGUGGUGUGAACUUUUGAAACAUAACGGACUUUUUGUAUUGUAAUCUGUGUUAGUAUUAAUUCUCGUGUUUGAUCCGAAAGGUGUCCGAUGACCUGCCUCUGGGACAUCAGCCGUAUAUGAAUAGGAGCUGCUGCGUCCAGUCAUACCGUUCCAUGGAGCUGGCAGAAAUGAUAGAUAAUACUACUAAUACUAUUUCUAAGUACACCUUUAUAAUGUAUCUACAUGCCUACCGCUCUGAAAUUCAUCAAGUUCAAAGGCAGUAUAAACAUUGGCAAGCUGGUAUAAGCAAAUCGCGAUAGGUCUCAAUCCAAUUUUGUUAGCAUCAUAUCAUGCUUCUAUGGUUUUAUCAAACCUUGAUAUUUUUCUGGGAAACAUGUAUAAUAUAUACAACAUAUAUCUACAUUUGAACAGCUCAGUACGGGAAACGGACUCCCAAUCUGAGGCAAGAGGAAAGAAGCUGCAAGAACCUCCACGCAUUCAUUAGGGCUUUUCAUCUACCUUUUUCACAUUUCCAGUCGCGCGAUUCAAUGGUCCCCAGUUCGCCCUAGGGUUCAUCUGAUACCGAACAAGACGUUUUUUUGUGUUAGCGGCCGACACCUCCCUUCCUAGCGCCUCGUCGAAUAUGAUGUCGAGAGUGCUGGGAUGGGGCUUUUCCGAGGACGUAGUCUUCCGAUUUCGAGGUUGCUCUGAAUCCGGAGCGGUGCUUAGUAGCUCACCCUUGUUAUGGCUGACAUCAGGGAUCUCAGAUGAAUCCAUCCUUGAAAUCUGUCUUGAACCAGAGCGGUAUAGGGCAGCCUCGACCUUAGUCACCAAGUCACUAACAUCCUUUCCAGUCUCGACAGCAGUCAUUAUAUCUGUCUUUAGCAGGGACAGCAACUGAUUCUCUUCGUUCGUCUUCUUGAGAUUCUCCCGGCUUUUUGCCAUUAUGGCAGCACCUACAGUCCCUGGGCGGAUGGAACCGUCCUUCACGGGAGCCUUUUGCCUUACCCAUUCCCGCAUGAUUUCCCAAAUGACAUCCCAAGGAGCAUCUGUUCGGAUUGUAUUAGGCUUGGCAUGGCUGCGUGUAGAGCGAUAGCCAAGGUGACGAAGAGCUCCCCGGAACGCAUCAAUUUGCAUUGUCUGAGCGUGGAGAAUCUUGGCAAGAGCACUCAGACUGAAGUAGAAGGGAUAGUUCUCCCGGACAGCUGGAUCAGCACGAGGAAUAAUGGCAAGUUGUUCAGGGGAUCUCGCCUCUUCAGUUGAGCCUGAGUGCAAUGCCGUUGGCUCCUUCGUGGAAGCGGCGAGAUCCAGAUCCUCCUCAAGUGCAGUAGUCAGCAUGCCCUCUAUUCGAUCGACAGUCUUGUAUACAUCCCUGUCUGCUCCAGGUAGCAUGUCCAAAAUCUUUUGGAUGAAAUGCGGGUUGUGAAGUGGUCCACCCCACAUCGGUCCUCCAAUAUGCGUUUUGAAGCCGCAAUGAUCGCAAUUUGGGCCUGAUACAGGCCCCUGUGCAAGUGAAUAUCCAUAGAAAGGAUUCCCCUUUUUGUCUAAUUUCUGCCGAGUUUGUGUUAAAGGCUGCGUCGACCAGGCACCACAGCCUUGAUCACAAUUGUACACUAAGAUCGUGUUUCCUGAGAUGAAUUUCACCUCCGCUGGUGAUCUAUGGAUGCGGACAAAGACUCGUGCGUAAAAGUCAAUUGAUAGAGACAGUAAAGGUUCGAUUGCUAACCCAUAUUUGGCAGCAGAUGUCGCAAGCGCAUGUAAAAUGAGGCGCAAACCCACCUCGUGGGAAUAAAUGCCUUUUACAGGAAUACCACCGUAUAAAGCAAACGCUUUUUCUGGAUAGCCAUUCGAAGCCCAAACCGCCGCAUCAGUACAAGUGAUGCAUAAAAGGCCACCUUCCUUCACUGCCUGCACCGCAGCGUCCAUGAAUGGUGCCGCCGUGCCAUAGGGGUCUAGGUCAAUGGCAUCGAAUUUUCCAACACGAGGUCCGUCGCUAGUCGAUUUCUGUGGUGCGUUUAGAACGCUAUACAUGUAAGCGCGGGCAUCACCAACAUUAGGCCGAACGAGAUUUCCUAGCUGAUUAUAUUCAAUAUUUGUCUUCAUCGACUCUAUAGCUGAAGGCGACAGAUCGUUGGCGACGAUGCUAGUAGCGAAUGGGACCUCGUGAGCAUACCGCAAUGCACGCAGACCUGUAGCGGAGAGAGCAUCUAGGAUAGUGAAAGAUGGGGUAGUUUGCUGUUCCACUGGCACCCGUUCACUGGCAGGCUCAGUUCUGACCUCGUCUGCUUCGCCCUUUGGUGCAUUUGUAUCCUGCUCUUCCCUCUUUCGCUUUUUGCUUUGCGAUGAUCCGUUUUCUGCGAGGUUUCGCUUCCUCUUCUCGAAUCUCAAUUUCCUCUCAGCCAACACAUGCUCCCCAAAGGCUUUAACCGCAAGCACGGAGAGAUCUCUAUUGAACUGCUGGAUGGGGUUAUAAAAGACGGAUUGGACAUCAUCGCCAGCCUUCAGGUCCUUCUUCGUUCCUUUGGAAGCGGCCUCUUGGGAAGGCGGGUAAAGAAUGUGGGCGAGUCCCUCUUUCACGACCAUGAAUUCUUUACCACCAUGUUGUACUAAGUUCUCCGGGGGGUUGGAAGGAGAUGGGGCUGCCAUAGCUAAGGCGGAUGGAGUGUAAUAUCUCGAAUGAUGUCCACUUGUCAGGUCGCUUUCACUGCGUGAAAUAUAUGGUAUCAAGAUGUUGGGUUCAAAAGGCAGUCGAGAUAGUGAUCCAGUCGUCCAUUGUAGAAUUGAUCGAAAACGUGGGAGUUGAAGACCAGGCCGCAUGGACUCACUGAGCACGAGUCUGUUCAAUUGAACCAAGAAAAGAAAGUUUGGAGCGGAA